AUUAUAAUUUAUAUAUUUCCCUUUUUUUAAAGAAUACUGGAGGAGAAGCUUGAACUACUAGCAUCUCGUUUACCCCCGGAGCAGGCUUAUCCUGAUAUCAAAUUCAGAAGUUACAAAGAUCGGAAAAGAAUUCUAAUAACUGGUGGAGCAGGGUUUGUUGGAUCUCAUUUAGUUGAUAAACUUAUGAUGGAUGGACAUGAGGUAUUCGUUGUGGAUAACUACUUUACUGGGCGGAAGCGUAAUAUAGAGCAGUGGCUGGGUCAUGAAAACUUUGAAAUGUUGCAUCAGGACAUAGUGAAUCCUCUGUAUCUGGAGGUUGAUCAAAUUUAUCACCUCGCCUCACCAGCUUCUCCUCCUCAUUACAUGUACAAUCCAGUCAAAACUAUCAAGACUAACACUGUUGGUACAAUUAACAUGCUUGGUCUGGCUAAACGAACCAAAGCAAGGAUUCUAAUUGCAUCCACUAGUGAGGUGUACGGGGAUCCCGAAGUGCAUCCUCAACCGGAAACCUACUGGGGUCACGUUAAUCCAAUCGGACCCAGGGCAUGCUAUGAUGAAGGUAAGCGAGUUGCAGAAACCCUCGCGUAUGCGUACGCAAAGCAGUCAAAUGUAUCUGUCCGCGUAGCGCGAAUUUUUAAUACUUAUGGUCCGCGGAUGCACGCGAACGAUGGACGAGUAGUUUCUAACUUUGUUAUUCAGGCUCUAGAAGAUAAACCUUUGACUAUCUAUGGUUCAGGAGAUCAAACAAGAUCCUUCCAGUACGUGUCCGACUUGGUGAACGGUUUGGUUCUCCUCAUGAACUCGAACUACAGCCUACCGGUCAAUAUUGGCAACCCUGACGAACAUUCUAUAAUCACAUUUGCAAACAUUAUCAAUGAUAUGGUUGGUGGAGGUAGCAGUAUAGAGCACCUGCCUGCUGUAGAAGAUGACCCGCAGCGACGUCGACCAGAUAUAUCGUUGGCUAAACGGGUUCUAGACUGGGAACCUACUGUUCCACUCAAGAAAGGUUUGGCGAAAACUGUGGAUUAUUUUAGAAAAGAACUCCAAAGAACUAAACACUCGGACAGAAAUCUACCAGAAAUUCACGAGUAUUCGUCGCUGUAAAAAUACGACUAAAUUCCUUCAGAUUAAUAUUAGAAGUAUUAUAUAAUUAACGGGACUAAAGAAUGUAAUUAAUUCUACCAAAAAAACACCUAUUUAUUAUUACUUGUUGGUUACAAAAUUUAACGAUAAUGACAAUCUUAACGGGAUGAACUUUUUUCAACCAGAACCAGAAAACUAAUUAAAUGUCGUCUUUGUUUGUCGCUCAGAAUUUGUGACUUGGAACAGUUGCAAUUCACAAAAUCCUGAGCGACAAUUGCGAAAUUUCACUAAUCUAACGGUAGACAUUAAAAAAGAAUGUACAGGACACUUAAUUUCAAUCAAAAAGAUCAAAUUUUAGUUAUGCUUACCUGACUCAAAUAUUGUUUGUAAUUGUAGUCAAAGCUAUUGAUCCUUGUAAAUCGUGUUAAAGAAAAUCUGUUACAGUGUUAAUUAGUCAAUAUUUUAUCUAAUCCGUCCAGAACUGGAAUCUUCUUAAUAAACGGAUUAAGUCAA